AAUAAAGUUAAUGAGGCUAUUGGGCCAUUAUGUAAAAUAGGCCCAUAUAUUAAUGGGUUUCGUUGGAUUAGAAAUCUUAACUUGUAGGAAAAAAAAAAUUCACGCCGGCAAAAGAAAAGAAAAAAAAAACCUUCGCCGUCGUUUGCUUAGUCUUCUUCGCUCUAUCCCAACACUCGAUCAAAUAAUCCCAGUGAGCUUCUUCCAUUCCAAGUUGAUAAGGAAUUUGAAGAAGCCUUUGUUUAAUGGAAAGCAAAGGAAGAAUCCAUCCAUCUCAUCAUCAUAUGAGGCGUCCUCUUCCAGGUCCCGGUGGCUGUAUAGCGCAUCCGGAGACUUUCGGUAAUCACGGUGCUAUACCACCUUCUGCUGCUCAAGGUGUGUAUCCUUCCUUCAACAUGUUACCUCCACCUGAAGUUAUGGAGCAAAAGUUUGUGGCACAACACGGGGAAUUACAGAGACUUGCUAUAGAGAAUCAGAGACUUGGUGGAACUCAUGGUAGUUUAAGACAAGAGUUAGCAGCAGCACAGCAUGAAAUACAGAUGUUGCACGCGCAAAUUGGGUCGAUGAAGUCCGAGAGAGAGCAACGGAUGAUGGGUCUUGCUGAGAAAGUUGCUAAAAUGGAGACUGAGCUUCAGAAAUCUGAGGCUGUUAAGUUGGAGAUGCAACAAGCACGUGCUGAGGCACGGAGUCUUGUUGUGGCUAGGGAGGAGCUUAUGUCUAAAGUGCAUCAGUUGACUCAGGAACUUCAAAAAUCUCGUUCUGAUGUGCAGCAAAUACCUGCUCUGAUGUCUGAACUUGAGAAUCUAAGACAGGAGUACCAGCAGUGCAGGGCAACAUAUGACUAUGAGAAGAAGUUUUAUAAUGACCAUCUCGAGUCACUUCAGGCAAUGGAGAAGAACUACAUGACUAUGGCUAGGGAAGUUGAAAAACUUCAAGCACAGUUGAUGAACAAUGCAAAUUCAGAUAGAAGAGCAGGUGGCCCUUAUGGUAACAACAUAAAUGCUGAAAUUGACGCUUCUGGACAUCAGAGUGGAAACGGUUAUUAUGAAGAUGCUUUUGGUCCUCAGGGAUAUAUUCCUCAACCAGUAGCUGGUAACGCAACUGGACCAAAUUCAGUUGUUGGCGCAGCUCAAUACCCUUAUCAAGGAGUAACUCAGCCAGGAUACUUCCCUCAAAGACCCGGUUACAACUUUCCAAGAGGCCCUCCUGGUUCAUAUGACCCAACAACAAGGUUACCAACAGGACCUUACGGCGCUCCAUUCCCACCUGGACCAUCUAACAAUACUCCUUACGCCGGUACACACGGAAACCCUAGUCGCAGAUGAGUCCACCAGCUAAGAGUACAUAUAUAAAUAACUCACCAGCUACAGAUUCCUUCAACUGUGGAAUUGUUGCCUGUUUGGUCCCAUAAUCUUUAUGGGUAAAGAGAAGUUGGUACAGUGGUGAACGUUGAGUGCUAUUGUUUAACUGAUUUUGUUGAGAGCUUGACUUUUGUGAGACGGUUUUCAACAAGUUUUGUGAUACAGAGAGAUGUAACAUCGGGAAAGAAAAAACAAAGAAAGAGAAAUUUGUUGUUUGCCCUUCACCAUUUUGUCUCUAUGACUCUAUGUUUCACUCAGUUAAAAAGUUUACAAAUG